GCACAACAGAUUCAUUCUCCUGCCGGUGGCUCUCAUAACGUGAGCUGCUAAGGGCUUGAGGGAAUCCGAAAAACGAUUUGAUACCAUUGGGAAUGGCGGCUGCUGGCGGGCCGGUGGGGGAUGGUAUAAUUCGGAGAUGCAUAAGGGGAAUGGCGUUGAUGUAUCUGUGUGUGAAGGGCCCACGGCUCUACAGAGUGUAUCGGCAAAACGGAAGGACAGCGGCGAUUAGAGGACGAGGCCAGGAGGAGGAAGAGCCCGCAGUCUCCUGGGAGUCUUUUUAUCAGCCAAGAGCACUGGAGAAACACACAGAUAGCAUUUUAGCUUGGGUUUCAGUCUUGUGGACCAUUUCCUAUUAUUCAUCCCCUCUUGCUAUCUGCUAUAUGUACAGAAAAGGUUAUCUGAACAUAUCCCGACUGGUUCCCCUAGGACAAUAUGGUCUGACAUUUGUGUUACUGUUGGCAGGGGUGAUGUGCUUGAGAGGUCUUGGCAGAUGGAGCAACCCUCAUUAUAUUCAGUUUAUUUACAUUUUAGAGAGAACGAAGAUAGAGAACAACCCAGAGAACAAAAAAAUGCUCUCCAGCUAUAAUUUUGACUUUCGCAGCUGGCCAGUGGAUUUUCAGUGGAAUGAAAAUAGCAGCAAAGAUCUUAAAAGCACAGGCCCACUUGGGGGAGUUCCUUUGCUUAAGCCAGAUCCUCGUCCACGUGGCACUGUUAAUAAUGUGUUACAGAGGAUCCAGAAGUUACCCUGUCAGAUUACCAGUUAUGCAGUAGCUCACUCAUUUGGCAGGCGUAUGUUGUACCCUGGCUCAGUAUACCUAUUACAGAAGGCUCUCAUGCCCAUGUUAUUGCAAGGACAGGCACGGCUAGUGGAGGAGUAUAAUGGAAAGCGAGCCAAGCUGCUGGCAUGUGAUGGGAAUGAGAUAGAUGCAAUAUUUGUAGACCGCAGGCACUUAGGAAAUGACAAAGGAUCUAAGCUGGUUAUCUGCUGCGAGGGGAAUGCUGGAUUCUAUGAAAUCGGCUGUGUUGCCACACCACUGGAAGCUGGCUAUUCAGUCCUUGGUUGGAAUCAUCCUGGAUUUGCUGGUAGUACAGGUGUACCUUUUCCACAGAAUGAGGCAAAUGCAAUGGAUGUGGCGAUCCAGUAUGCGCUGUACAACCUGGGAUUCCAACUGCAAGAUAUCAUUGUAUAUGCCUGGUCUAUUGGGGGCUUUACAGCUACCUGGGCUGUCAUGUCCUACCCAGACAUAAGUGCUAUCAUCCUUGAUGCUUCCUUUGAUGACCUUGUGCCACUUGCUCUGAAAGUGAUGCCAGAAAGCUGGAGAGGUCUGGUUACCAGAACAGUUAGGAAGUAUUUAAACCUAAACAAUGCGGAGCAGCUUUGCAGGUAUCAGGGCCCAGUACUAUUAAUCAGAAGAACAAAAGACGAAAUUAUCACAACAACAGUCCCAGAGGAUGUCUCCUCAAAUAGAGGCAAUGAUUUGCUCAUGACUCUACUUCAGCAGCGUUACCCCAAAGUAAUGACUGAAGAGGGCAGGAGGGUAGUAAGGGAGUGGCUGGCAUGUUCUACACCUGAGCAGGAAGCAUCAGUGCAAAGCCUUUAUGGAGUAGAAGAUGACUGGUGUCUUUCUGUCUUGCAAUCCUAUCAAAGUGAGCACACAGGCCUCUUUCCAUGGAGUGUGGGUGAGGAGAUGAGCUCAGAAGGUAGACGACAACUGGCUUUGUAUCUAGCCCAGAGGUAUAUGAAGAACUUUGAAGCCACACACUGCAGCCCUCUUCCAGCCAGCUACUUUCACAUGCCAUGGAAGUUAUAAUGCGGGUGUUUCUGGUAGUUCAGAUUACCACUACUAGCAUCGACUGCUGUAAUUUUUCUGCCCCUAAUACUGUGCCGGCCACCCCAUAGCUCUUUUUAAAUGGCAGCUUAAAGGAAGAAGAGGAAGAAGAAUCAUAGCCGCCUUCCCAAAAACUUUAUACCUCAACUUUUUUUUUUUUUAAACUGAAUCCUUUAACAAGUGAUGAGGAGACCACAAUCUUAAGUUCCUAGUCAUGGCUAUUAAAAUGUGAAAAUGUACAAAA